GGUGUCACCUGUGUCCCUGGGGGUGUCACCUGUGUCCGUGGGGGUGUCCCCAGCACACCUGGGGGUGUCCCGGCACACCUGGCUGUCCGUGCACACCUGGCUGUCCUUAGCGUGCCAGCGCGGGCCCUGGAGCUGUUCCUGGAGUCGCUGCUGCGCAAGGCGUGUCACGUGACCCAGUCCCGCAACGCCAAGACCAUGACGACGUCACACCUGAAGCAGUGCAUCGAGCUGGAGCAGCAGUUCGACUUCCUCAAGGACCUGGUGGCCGCCGUGCCCGACAUGCAGGGGGACGGUGACGACCCCCACGGCGAUGGGGACAGGGGACCCCGCAGGUGAGGCACACCUGGGGACACACCCACGUACCUGGGGACA